GAAGCCUGACGUGUGUGUGUGUGUGUGUGAGCGGCUCGGCUGGUGCGUGUGUGUUCUGCUCUGCUCUGCUUGAACACACGCCGUGUUUUGCGCUUUGCCUCGGCUCGGUCCGGUCCGGUUGUCCCGGGAUGAGCGGGUCCCUGUAGCGGGCCGGGGUCGGUGAUGCUGCAGCGGGUUCGGGCUCAGCUCCGGCAGGUGUCGGACCAGAUGGCGAGAAGACCCGUGUUGUGCUGCGGUGCGAUCCUGCUCACCUGUGCUCUGAUCCUGCCCAUCACAUUCACCUGCGGGCGGGAGAAGCCGGUGGUGGCGUUGCCUCGGGCUCCGGGUCGCUUCUUCCCCGCGGACGGGCCGGUGCGGGACCUGUUCCUGGGUCAGCUGGAGGAGGCGGAUGCCCUGCGGGAGGAGGCGGAUGUGUCGGUGUUGCUCUACUACGCCCCCUGGUGCGCUCACUGCGCCUCUGCACGGCUCGUCCUCCAGCAGGUGGCGCUGCGGCUCGCGGCACAGGUGCAGUUUGUGGCUGUGAAUUGCUGGUGGUAUCAGGGCAGAUGCAGGAAGCAGAAGAGCUUCUUCCAGUAUCCAGUCAUUCAUCUCUACUACUGGAGGUUCGGUCCGAUCGAGUACAGAGGUCCGGUUCAGUCUGAGUAUCUGGAGAGCUUCAUCCUGAGGGUUUCUACUCCACUAACAUACCUGCCCACCAGCAGAGCCCUGCACACCUUCCUCACACACCAGCAGCAGGGUGUGGUGGGUUAUUUCCAGUUUAACUCGUCUCCUCAGCCGGCCGGUUACAUCAGCUUCUUGUUCUCAGCUCUGCACGCGCUCAGACGAGAUCAUCAGGGGGCGGUGCGCUUCGCUGUGGUGACCAAUCAGGCGGUGGCAGAGGGCGUGUCACUCACGGAGGAUGAAAGUGUGUAUUUACACCGGCGCUUGAACAGCUCGCUGGUGUUCCCGCGGGCGCAGAGGAACUUCACCGCUCAGGCCGUCUGUGAUUGGGUGUUCGAGAACAGAGAGAGCGUCGUCCACUGGAUCCAGCCAACGGGAGCCAAGAGUUACUCGCUGGAGGCGGAGCUACAGAAAGGCCCCGCCCUCCUCACCUUCCUCCCACACAAUCCGCUCUCAGCCAAUCAGCUGCUCCACCAGGUGACUGAUGUGGCGUUGCGUUAUCACUCGUGCGGCUCGGACGGCGGUGUGUCUUCUGUCCCGCGCUGCUGUCGCUCCCUGCCGGCGGCCGCCGCUGAAGAGAGUGUGUGUGAGCUGUGUGUGUCUCACUGCUGGGCUCUGGGUGUGUGUGUGGAGCCUGUCCAGCUCUCCAGCGCCCCCUGCAGGAGCGUCCAGGGCUCGUACAGUCCGCUCAGUCAGGUCAGUGUGUGUUGCAGGAGCGUCCCGAGGCCCGUCACCGACUCCAUCACCGGCCUCCAGUGCCGAACCAACAAGACGCUGCGCUUCUACAUGCUGGACGCCGCGCUGCACCGGACGCUAGCACAGAGACUCGGAGCGACCAAUCACAGCGGCCGACCCUUCAUCACCAUCAUCAACCUCAGAGACGAGACACACUACGUGCUCAACCACACCGACUCACUGGAAGAUUUCAUCCAGAACUUCAGCAUCUCUUUCAGUCCUUUACAUAGACAUCUGGUGGGAGACAAACAACAUCAGCACACUCAGUCCCUAAUACAGGAAGUGACAUCAGACAGCUUCCUGGAGACCGUCAUGGACUCCCAGAGGGACGUGCUGCUGUUGUAUUAUUCGCCCUGGUGUGGCUUCUGCUCGCUUCUCAAUCACGUGUUUCUUCAACUGGCCCGUCUGGUCCAGGGCAACGGCGCCCUCACGGUGGCCAGAGUGAAUGUUGGCCGUAAUGAUCUGCCCUGGGAGUUUAUGGUGGAUCAUCUGCCCUCCGUGCUGCUCUUCCCCCGACACAGGAAGCAGAUGAGUGUCAAGUUUCCAGAAAACACACCCAUGACGGUUCCCAACCUGCUGCGGUUCGUUCUGCAGCACACUAGCCACGCCCCCUGGGAGGAGCCAGGCAGAGGGGCGGAGUCAGCGUCCCUGCUGGGGGCGGAGCUUCAGAGACUGCAGCAGGAAGUGUUCGGAGGACAGGAAGAGAAGUGCGAGGCUUCCUGAUGAUCACGGCAGAAUCUCACAGAACCGCUCAAGAACUCGUCCAUAUUUCACGUUCUGGUGAUUAAUAAUGAUGGUCAUUACAGACGUGAGCGAUCAGUGAAGAUGUUCCUCUGAUUCUCAACAGCACAUUUUGACUUUAUGAGGGUUUCAAGAGAAACACUGUUAAAAAAAGAAGUAUUUCUAUAGGUUUUGUUGAAAAUGUCUAUUUUUUCAUAAUCACUGAAGUAUGGAUUCUGGUGCAGUAUUCAGGGAUUUCUUGAUUUUUCUCAGAUUUGAAGGGUUCAAUUAAAGUUUAUGGUGGUAAAUGUGA